UCUUCCAUCCUAGGUGGACUUUUCAUGAGGAAUACUGUUCAGGAGCACAGUGCAUUUCGAUUUGCUGUGCAGUUAUACAACACGAACCAAAAUACCACAGAAAAGCCCUUCCAUUUGAACUAUCAUGUAGAUCACUUGGACUCUUCCAACAGUUUUUCAGUGACAAAUGCUUUCUGUUCGCAGUUUUCCAGAGGAGUUUAUGCCAUCUUUGGAUUCUAUGACCAGAUGUCAAUGAACACACUGACGUCAUUUUGUGGAGCCCUUCACACAUCCUUCGUCACACCCAGCUUCCCAACAGAUGCAGAUGUGCAGUUUGUCAUCCAGAUGCGGCCAGCAUUAAAAGGAGCCAUCCUGAGUCUCUUGACUCAUUAUAAGUGGGAGAAGUUUGUGUACCUCUAUGACACAGAACGGGGAUUUUCCAUUCUUCAGGCGAUUAUGGAAGCAGCAGUACAGAACAACUGGCAAGUGACAGCCAGAUCUGUAGGAAGCAUAAAGGAUGUUCAAGAGUUCAGAAGAAUUAUAGAGGAGAUGGACAGGCGGCAAGAAAAAAGAUACUUAAUUGACUGUGAAGUAGACAGAAUCAACACCAUUUUGGAACAGGUUGUAAUCCUCGGCAAACAUUCUAGAGGCUAUCACUACAUGUUAGCUAACCUGGGUUUCACGGACAUUGUUCUGGAGAGGGUAAUGCAUGGAGGUGCCAACGUUACUGGAUUCCAGAUUGUUAAUAAUGAAAACCCAAUGGUUCAACAGUUUCUACAACGCUGGGUGAGGCUCGAUGAAAGAGAAUUCCCUGAAGCCAAAAACUCACCAUUAAAGUAUACGUCUGCACUGACCCAUGAUGCGGUCCUAGUCAUAGCAGAGGCUUUCCGUUACCUCCGAAGACAGCGUGUGGAUGUCUCCAGGAGAGGUAGUGCUGGAGACUGCCUGGCUAACCCUGCAGUACCAUGGAGCCAAGGAAUUGAUAUAGAAAGAGCGCUGAAAAUGGUGCAAGUUCAAGGAAUGACAGGGAACAUCCAAUUCGACACUUACGGGCGGAGAACAAAUUACACAAUUGAUGUGUAUGAAAUGAAAGCCGCUGGAUCACGGAAGGCUGGUUAUUGGAACGAAUAUGAAAGAUUUGUGCCAGCAUUAGAUCAGCUGCCCUCUAAUGACACUUCAUCUGUGGAGAACAGAACUAUAGUAGUCACUACCAUCUUGGAAUCACCAUAUGUAAUGUAUAAGAAAAACCAUGAACAACUAGAAGGGAAUGAGAGAUAUGAAGGAUAUUGUGUAGACUUAGCUUCUGAAAUAGCAAAACAUGUUGGAAUAAAAUACAAACUGUCAAUUGUUGGAGAUGGGAAAUAUGGAGCUAGGGACCCUGAGACUAAGAUAUGGAAUGGCAUGGUGGGUGAACUGGUCUAUGGGAGAGCAGAUAUAGCUGUUGCCCCCCUCACCAUAACAUUGGUGCGAGAAGAAGUCAUAGACUUUUCCAAACCCUUUAUGAGCCUGGGCAUCUCCAUCAUGAUCAAGAAGCCUCAGAAAUCUAAGCCGGGCGUAUUCUCUUUCCUGGAUCCUUUGGCUUACGAAAUUUGGAUGUGUAUAGUCUUUGCUUACAUUGGCGUCAGCGUAGUUCUUUUCCUAGUCAGCAGAUUCAGCCCUUACGAAUGGCAUUUGGAAGACAGCAGUGAAGAACCACGUGACCCUCAGAAUCCUCCUGACCCUCCAAAUGAGUUUGGAAUAUUUAACAGCCUUUGGUUUUCCCUGGGUGCCUUUAUGCAGCAAGGAUGCGAUAUUUCUCCAAGAUCUCUCUCAGGGCGAAUUGUUGGAGGAGUCUGGUGGUUCUUCACUCUCAUCAUUAUCUCUUCCUACACUGCUAAUCUUGCUGCCUUCCUUACGGUGGAAAGGAUGGUUUCUCCCAUAGAGAGUGCAGAGGACCUGGCUAAACAAACCGAAAUAGCCUAUGGCACUUUGGAUUCAGGCUCAACCAAAGAAUUCUUUAGAAGGUCAAAAAUAGCCGUCUACGAGAAAAUGUGGUCGUACAUGAAGUCGGCCGAGCCCUCGGUGUUCACCAAAACGACGGCGGACGGGGUGGCGCGGGUGCGGAAGUCGAAGGGGAAGUUUGCCUUCCUGCUGGAGUCGACGAUGAACGAGUACAUCGAGCAGCGCAAGCCCUGCGACACCAUGAAAGUUGGCGGCAACCUGGAUUCCAAGGGCUAUGGUGUAGCAACCCCCAAAGGCUCAGCAUUAAGAACUCCUGUAAACCUUGCAGUAUUGAAACUCAGUGAACAAGGCAUCUUAGACAAGCUGAAAAACAAAUGGUGGUACGAUAAGGGUGAAUGUGGAGCCAAGGACUCCGGAAGUAAGGACAAGACGAGCGCUCUGAGCCUGAGCAAUGUUGCCGGGGUUUUCUAUAUCCUUGUUGGAGGCCUCGGGCUGGCCAUGAUGGUGGCUCUGAUCGAGUUCUGCUACAAGUCUCGGGCCGAGUCCAAGCGAAUGAAACUCACCAAGAACACGCAGAACUUCAAACCUGCUCCUGCCACCAACACCCAGAAUUACGCUACCUACAGAGAAGGCUACAACGUGUAUGGCACAGAAAGUGUGAAAAUCUAG